GGCAGCGGGGCCUGUCAUUCCGCGAUGCCGAAGUCUUGCGCAGCCCGGCAGUGCUGCAACCGCUACAGCAACCGCAGGAAGCAGCUCACCUUCCACCGGUUCCCGUUCAGCCGCCCAGAGCUGUUGAAGGAAUGGGUGCUGAACAUCGGCCGGGGCAACUUCAAGCCCAAGCAGCACACUGUCAUCUGCUCGGAGCACUUUCGGCCCGAGUGCUUCAGCGCCUUUGGGAACCGAAAGAACCUGAAGCACAACGCCGUGCCCACAGUGUUUGCCUUCCGGGAGCCCACGCAGGUCCUGCCCACGGCGGGGCCCGAUGGCCCGGGGAGAAGCACGGACGCCGCUCUGGAGGAGCUUCCGCUGCCCCCGGAUGCAGACGCCGCGGGCUACGAGGUCGUGCCGGUGCCCUGCAGGCCCGAGGCCGAGGCGGCGGCGAAGCGCGCGGGGCCCCAGCAGCCCUCGGACCACAGCUACGCCCUGCGGGACCUGGCGGCGCUCAAGAACAAGCUCUUCCUCGCGCUCCGGGAGAACGAGCAGCUAAGGCUCUUUGCGGGGACCCCGGCCCGGCCGGCCGUGUGCCCCUUCUCAAGACUCAUGUAG